AUGCAAUUGGUUCAUCUCGAUCUCAAGGGAGCUCCUCUGAAGAUUUCUUACUAUGAGCAGAUAUUUCCACUGUUUUCCAAGCUGGGGGCCAACGGACUACUCAUUGAAUAUGAGGACAUGUUUCCAUUUACCGGAGAGCUGGAGAUCCUGAAGUCUCCAUACGCUUAUAGCGAAGAGGACAUUGGAAGAAUAUUGCACCUUGCUGAGAUUAAUAAUCUAGAAGUGGUACCCCUCAUACAAACAUUUGGACACAUGGAGUACAUUCUGAAGCAUGACAAGUACAAAGUUCUGAGAGAAGUGGAGCGUUACCCCAACAGUCUAAACCCCCACUCUGCAGAGUCUAUGCCCUUGCUGAAGAAGAUCUUGACUCAAGUUCUUGACAAGCAUCCAAAGACCAACUGGAUGCACAUUGGAGCAGAUGAGGUCUACCAUCUGGGAGAAGGACAGGAUUCCAAGGCCUGGCUGAACAAUAACCAAGGAGACCUGGGGAAAAUGUUCCUGAUCCAUCUGAAGAACGUGGUGGACUUCUUGCACACUCAGUACCCUGAGAAAAGUCUGCUCAUGUGGGAUGACAUGCUUCGAAAAACUCAGUGUGGAAAGCAUUAGUGAUGCUGCAAUUACAGAGUUUGUGUCUCCUGUCCUGUGGCUAUACCAUACAAACUUCAACAUGGCA